GCUGCAGUAGAUGAAAGAGAUGAGUUUGGCCGUACUCCCCUCAUGAUCGCAUGCAUGCAUGGGCAAGGAAAAGUCGUUGAAUACCUCUUACGAGCUGGAGCAUGCCCUGAUUUGAAGGAUUUAGACGGAUACGCUGCAAUACAUCAUGCUACUCUAGCCUCUGGAAACGAUUUCAUCGGUCCGAACAAAGCUUCAAGCUGUCUAAGAGCACUCGCAAAAUUCAGAGCUGUAAUGAACAGGAAGACUGCAGAUGGAUAUACGGCUAUUCAUGUGGCCAUCAAAAACGAUUGCAAUGCGAUUGUAAUGGUCUUGAGAGAUCUAGGAUGUGACGUCAACAAAUUCUCGACAGACGGCUACAGUCCACUGUACUUGGCUUGUCAGAAU